UUUGUUCUUCCGUAUGUCAGAGAUCUGCUGCUUGCUGAUGCCAAAUUCUUGAGCUAAAUUUGUUCCUUUCUCUCCUUUAUCCAAACGUGAAAUUAUUAUCUGCUUAUCUUUAAUUGAUAGAACGGGUCACUUUCGCUUCAUAGACAUGUUUUUGAUUUGUGUUUACGAUCACUCGCUCGUGUGUUUACAUAACCCAUGCGGAAGGAACUAAUCAAGCAUGAAAUUCCCUUGGUAACAAAACAAUUGAGCCAAUCAGAUAUCAGCUGAACGCGUCAGAAUAUUUCUUUGUCUUGUCGCAAUUGCAAAUUUUGAAAAGCGCACAGGAUAAUACGCUGAUUCAACAGUCUUUUGAAAGGAUUAUUGGGCUUUUUGCAACUUGGAGUUUUCAAGAUCACAACUAAUUAAUAUUCACGAAAAAAUUGAGACCAGAGAAAAAAGUCCGGAUAAUGGAAUAGUCCGGAUAAUCGAGGUUUGACAUUCCUGUGUUUGAGAGUCCUGCAGAACCUGUUAUUGAUGGCUCUCAGAUUCCUCCUGCAGCCAGCUGUGGAUCCAGUGUCAGGCAACAUGGUUGAGCAAUUUCCACCAGUACUCAUCAAGAAAACCUGGCUGCCAAGGAUGGCAUAAAAAGAAAUGUCCAACUUGCCAUGGCCACUUCCUUACUGAUGAAAUUGCAGUACAUGCAGAUUUACGUGCAGAAAAUGCCUACAGAUUUUCAUUUUUGGGGCUAAUGGAAACCCCACCAUCAGAUGACAUUCCAGGAUGGUACAGCACCUUGUUUCCUUAAAAAGUUGGUUUAUGACUACAGGAUCAUGGGACUCAGUGAAGAACUUGAUCUCAGUAUCUGUGACAUUAAAGCAUCAGAGAUGAAAAAGUUUGUGGAAAAGCUGUUGCAGUGUGAGAGAGACGAAGAUGUGCAAGAGCUGCUGUGUUGUGAUCAAGGCCUUGAUGUCUUAAACAGCAUUUGCUUUAGAGGUGUACCUCAAAAUGCACUGCACAAAGCAGAGAAAAAAUUGAGAGCCAUCAUGAUUGGAAAUGUUGUACAGGGGAGAUUGCCUAUGGUAUCACAGCUAAUGGAAGGCCUUGCACCCUGUGGAAUCCUUGCAGCAAUACAGGCAAACCCUGAAGUAAUGCGGCUAAUCUUCUGCAUGAGUCACACUGGAGAGAAGCUGGAUGAGGACAGAUUCAUCAACCUGUUUAAAGUCAACUUUAGUCAAGAGCAGCAAAAAAAGGCCAAGGAAACUGAUGCCUACGAAGUCUUUAGUGACUAUGUUGGUAUGGUUGCCCAUGGAGGUCACCUGCAGUUCCUGUCAUUGGUUUUGAAGAGAAAUUACAGCGGACAUUUGUGCACGGUUUUGUCUCCAACUGCAAAUGCUUCCCAACAGCUUCAACAUGUGAUUUGUUACUUCGCAUACCAGUGCAUUUAGUAGCCAUAGAGGAUUUCAA